AAAAAAACUAAAAAAAAUUAAGAGCAAGAAAAAAAUUUUUAAGAAAAAUUUUCUUAAAAAAAAGUGAAAUUUUCCAGCAAAGUGUUAACGUAAUAAACAAAAAAACUGUUUUGAAUAAAAAUCUUCCAAAAAACAAAUUUAAGCCAAACCAAACUGCUGUUACAUCCCUGAAACGUGACUUGGCAAAGUCGUUAUUUUGCUGCUCUAAAUACAACUCGUAAUCUCGUAAAGGAUUUGGCAACAGCGAAAAUAAAUACAAUAUAUUUUAUUACAUAUAGAAAACUGAGAUUCUAUUACUAAGAUAGAACCAAAAACGAAAGUAAAUUAAGGGAAAAAUCAACUACAAAAUAAUAAAUUUUAAUACACACAAAACUCAUUAAGUAUGGAGGCAACAAAUGGUGCUGCUGCAGCUGCGGCCAAUGCUGCUGCUGCCGCUAAGCGGGUUCAAAUAGAAAAGGCACACAAUUUUAUGCGUCAAUAUCGUGAUCCCGAAUCCAGAGAAUUAAAGAAAUUGUCGGCCAAUCAAUUUAUGGAUGUGUGGGCACAUUAUGAUAAAGAUGGCAAUGGUUAUAUUGAGGGCACUGAAUUGGAUGGUUUCCUGCGCGAAUUUGUAUCUAGUGCCAAUGCCACUGAUAUUAGUCCUGAGGCUGUCACCGACACAAUGCUGGGAGAAUUGAAAUCAUGUUUUAUGGAGGCCUACGAUGAUAAUCAAGAUGGUAAAAUUGAUAUUAGAGAGUUGGCUCAAUUAUUACCUAUGGAAGAAAAUUUCCUCUUACUAUUCCGUUUCGAUAAUCCAUUAGAGUCCAGUGUGGAAUUUAUGAAGAUCUGGCGCGAAUAUGAUACCGAUAACUCUGGCUACAUAGAAGCCGACGAACUAAAAAAUUUCUUACGUGAUUUACUCAAAGAGGCCAAGAAAAUAAAUGAUGUUUCAGAAGAUAAAUUAAUUGAAUACACAGAUACCAUGCUUCAAGUGUUUGAUGCCAAUAAAGAUGGACGUCUACAAUUAUCUGAAAUGGCCAAAUUGCUUCCAGUUAAAGAAAAUUUCCUGUGCCGUCAAGUAUUUAAGGGUGCUGCCAGGUUGACAAAAGAAGACAUUGAAAAAGUCUUCUCACUUUAUGACAGGGACAAUAGUGGUUCUAUAGAAAAUGAAGAAUUGAAAGGAUUUCUAAAGGAUUUAUUGGAAUUGGUGAAAAAGGAUGACUACGAUGCCUCCGAUUUGAAAGCCUUCGAGGAAACCAUUUUACGCGGCGUUGGCUACGACAAAGAUGGCAAAAUCUCCCGCAAAGAAUUAACCAUGAUUCUAUUGACUUUAGCUAAGAUGCCACCAGAGGAUGAGCAGUAAAUUUUGUUUUAAAUUGUAAACUGACAGAAACACACAUACAUUUUUUGGGAAUAAUAUAAAAAUUAAAUUAAAAAUUUUUAAACAUUAAAUUCUAGCCAUAAUUUCAAAUGGUUUAAGAGAAUAAUUAUACUUUAUUUAUAAAUAAAAAAAACAAAAUGGAAGAAAACCAAAAUUUUAGGUAAGAAUUAUAUACAAAAAUCUAUAAAUUAAUUAAUAAUAUUGGUAAGAAAUAAGAAAAACAAAUAAUUGUAAAACCAAAACAUAAAUUAAUUUGUUAGGAAAGAGGAGAAGUAAAUAUUUCAACAAUUAAAGCAUAUUUCUAGGAAGGAGAAAUAAAAAAAUGAAAGCAUACUUUCAAGAGUCAAUUUGAGGUAAUUGUAUUUACUUAUAAAUACUGAUGAAUGUUUAUCAAAUCUCAAUAAUAAAUACAAGUAUGCCCUGAAUUAUAGUGGUAAACAAACAUUUCGAGCCCCUAAAAGUAUGCCCUGCUUUAUUGUCUUAAAGUUUGCUAAAACAUUGUUGAAAUAUUUACUUUGUUUUCGCAUUUUAAAAUUUUGUGUAUAAACAACAAGCAUAAUAAACCAUUGAAAUAAGAUAAACAAAAAAACGCCAUUUUAUUAAUGUGAAACGAAUUAAUAGUAAAUCAACGAUUUUAUUAUAAUUUAAGAACAACUUAAA